AUGGUUGUUAAAAAUGCCUGGAAGUUUUUAAAUCAAAAAAAUGCGAAGUUUUCACGUACGCAUGAAAUCCAAAAACCUGGGAUGAUGGUUCACGUAGAUUUACUAGGAACCUUUUAUAACAUUUUCAAGAAAUACCUUUGUUCACAUAAAAGGGACUUCAAAGGCAACCGAGAAGCAUGUUUGUCAAUUUUACAAGAGAUAUCAUUUCAUUUCAAUAAAAGAAGAUGUAUACUCUAUUUAAAUGGAUUUGAUGUACCUUUGGAUGACUAUGAUGAAACUGCAAAGAAAGAAAUGCGAAAUGAAUUAAAUAAGAAGAAAGUUGUGGACCUAAUCAAGAAAGUAGAAGCCUCUGAUCACAAGGUUGACAUUUUUAAAUUCAGUCAGGCAAAAAAAAUUGAAUGGCUUUUGAAAAAAACUUUUACAAUAACGAACGAAGUGAAACAAGCUUUUUUACAAGUAUCGACAGAACAAGGUUGGAAUACUAUCAUAGCACCUGGAAGAGCAGUGGUAGCUAUAGCAAGAGUGGCAAAUGGAAAAACUGUGGUGGUAUCAAAUAAUUCAGAUUUGUUAUUCUAUUCAGGGGUUGCAUCUGUAAUAACCAUGUACCAUGGAAAGUUUAAAUGUCAUAAUAUAUUAGACAUUCUUGCAUCACUUAAAAUAUCGAGUGCAGCACUAACUGCUUUGGCCAUAAUCUCUGGAAAUGACUACGACAACCAUGUGACAGGCUAUGAAAUAAACAGAAAUUACAAAUGGAUUUUGGGAUCAAAAAAUUACACGCUGGAACUAAGAGGAGCUUUGUUAUCAACAAAAGACUAUGUUGAUGAAUAUAUCUCAUAUCUGAAAUACAUUUGUGUUUUAUCGCCUGCAGAUAGUUAUUUUCUUGACUCUUACAUGAUAUUUGUACUACUGUUUGAAACUUUACAAGAACCAGAUUGUGGAAAUGAGAAUAAUGUUUUUGAAAAUGUGCUUGAAAUAUGGAAGUCAAAAAAUAGAGCAAAACACCCAUCACAAUUAUCAUCCAAUGGAGAACGUAAAUUAAACAUCUCUUUACCGCUAGAAAGGAAUUGACAAUUUGAUAUCCAGACGUCAAUUAUUGUUUUCUUAACUUGAUUUUUGUAUCUCUUCACGAAGUAAUAAACUGCAU